UCUCCCUCUCUUUCUCUCUCUCUCUCUCUCUCUCUCUCUCUCUCUCUCUCUCUCUCUCUCUCUCUCUCUCUCUCUCUCUCUCUCUCUCUCGCUCUCUCUCUCUCUUUCUCUCUCCCUCUCUUUCUCUCUCUCUUUCUCUCUGAAAAUGUGUAUCCGGAUGCUAGUCAUUACACAAUAUCUCUCAUCGAAUCACGUAGUUGUCGGUGAUAAGCUCAAAACAGGAGGAAAUGAGAGAUUGACUCACAGUUGUAAGCGGCCAGAGACAGAUAAGUGAACCGAAAACACAUAUCAUUAUCCAAUGGCCCUGAAAAGAUGUACUUUAUUUCAGAUUUAAUAACAAUUAUAAUAAUAAUAGACUCCAUGCUUCAGGGAACUUGGGAACACAGUGUUCCUCAUGAUUGGCCUCUGAAAUGUUUUUUCUGUUUCUUUUAUCAAGUGGACGACGAGUCCACUUAAUACCGUUGUACCGCUGAGAAUUCCUCUCCUGUGCGCAAAGCUCCAUAAACUCUUUACGGUGUCUGGAACUCCUCCAGAUCUCUUGUUUUGCCUCUGGCCGGAGUGUUGGAUUCCGAUGUAAACCAUGAAGGUAGUUUUUCUUUUAUUAUUACCGUAAUAAAAACAAAUGUCAAGCGAGAGAAAUAUUUAGAAUGAUGCAGAUUUCAGACUGUACAGUUCAUACAUCCAAACUAACUUUGCUCUUAGUGGAGGUCAACGCUAACCCCUUUAACCCUUUGAAAGGUCGUUGAGAGGAGGGAAAGGUCACAGCGUUCCGUCAGUAACAUCUAAGCUGAGAAAUAGUUAAAGUAAAGGUAUCAUUAAAUCCAGACAGGCUGGCCCAUAGUUCAUUCUCUUUGAAGCUUACCCGUGUCAGUGAAUAGGUGACACUGGGGUGAGGGCCCAGGACCCAGGCUUUGGUUUUCAUUGGGAGCUCUCUUUUGAUGAACUGGGCUCAAGAGGGAUCCUUUUCCUCUCACGAUUUACAGUUUGAGCCCCGGCCCUUUCUGUAUCCAAUUAUUUGUGGUUUCCACUUAGUGGAGAGGAAUGUUUUUGUGGCAAUAAAACCAAAAUGCUAUUGUGUGUUUGAAAUACUGACUGUUUACCUGUGAUAUCUGCUGACUUCAGUAUCAAUAAACAAAAGUCUAAUUUGAAAGAAACUGCCUUUUUGCAAUACUUUUUGCAAGAAAAUCAAUCAACUGGUAAACAUGGAGACAUUGUGGUUUACUUCUGUAAAACAAACCUUUCUUGUGCGAAACAUCGCAAAACUAGACUUGCAUUAGCCUAGUUUACGGUACAGUGACCUUGAUUUAAGAUUUCACAAUACUAUAAAUCUCUUGACAGUUGACUACACACACUAAACUACAUGUUCGGCUACUACAUCCACACAGACACAAACGCACGCACAUCCACCCACACACACACUAACACGCACACACAUGCGCACAUCCACACACACACACACACACACACCCACACCCACUCACUCAUGCACUAUGCACACAAAAUCACACACACUCAUGUACACACCCACCCACACACGCACACACACGCACACACACACACACACACUAACAUGGCUCUUUGAGUUGUGCUCGCUCCCCGAGGUGGGGGUCUAGCCCCCAGGCCCACCAGCCGCCGGAGAGGUGGGGACCACUCGGGUUCACCAUCUUGUCAGCUCUGCAGAGCGUAUGACGCGGCCAUGGUUCUGAACGUGCCCGGCCUGGUGGUCAUGGGGCUCUUCUACGUGCUCAUUCUGGGCACCGGCAUCUGGGCGUCCAUGCGCUCCAAGAAGGAAGAGAAGAAGUGUAAGGGAGACGGCAUGGAGAUCACCCUACUGGCGGGACGCAACAUCAACCUGCUGGUCGGCAUCUUCACCCUCACUGCUACUUGGGUCGGCGGGGGCUUCAUCCUGGGAAUCGCAGAGGCGGUUUACAACCCCACGCUGGGCCUGGUGUGGGCCCUCAUGCCUGUGCCCUACAUCCUGACCUUCUUCCUCGGUGGCAUCUUCUUCGCCAAGCCGAUGAGGGAGAACAAGUACCUGACCAUGAUGGACCCCUUCCAGAUCAAGUACGGAGACGUCCUCAGCAGCGCCCUCAUCCUCCCCGCGCUGGUGGCCGACGUGCUCUGGGUGGCCCGCACCCUGGUCAGCUUAGGCGGCACCAUGAGUGUGAUCUUGGACCUCCCCUAUGUGUACUCCAUCAUCAUUUCCUCAGUGGUGGCUAUCGCCUACACCCUCAUGGGGGGCCUCUACUCCGUGGCCUACACCGACGUCAUCCAGCUCAUCCUCAUCUUCGUUAGUCUGUAUGUGUGUGUCCCCUUCAUGAUGACCAACGAAAACUCACUGGACAUCUCGAUGACCGCCUACAACCAAACCUUCCAGGCCCCCUGGGUUGGUAAGGUGGAGCUCCAGGACGCUGGCAAGUGGUUCGAUGACUUCAUGGUGCUGGCGCUGGGCGGGCUGGCCUACCAGGCCUUCUACCAGAGGAUUCUGUCUGCCUCCUCCUACACCCAGGCCCAAGUCACCUGCUUCGCCUCAUCUGCCUUCUGCGUGGUCCUCGGAAUCCCCUCCAUCCUGAUCGGAGCAGUGGCAGCCUCCACAGACUGGAACUCCACCAGCUACGGCAGCCCCUCCCCCUACGAGCGCGGCCAGGCCGGCUCCAUCCUGCCCAUCGCCCUGCAGUACCUCACCCCCGCCUACAUCUCCAUCAUCGGCAUCGGGGCCGUGGCGGCCGCAGUCAUGUCCUCCAUGGACUCUGCCCUGCUCUCCUCGGCCUCCAUGUUCUCCUCCAACAUCUACAAGAACAUCCUCAGGAAGCAGGCCUCGGACCGGGAGAUGCAGUGGGUGAUCCGCAUCUCGGUGGUGGUGGUGGGUCUGGCGGGCACCGCCCUCACCUUCCUGGACAACAGCGUGCUGGUCUUCUGGCUGGUGGGCGUGGACAUGUCCUACACCAUCAUGUUCCCCCAGCUGGUGUGCGUGCUCUUCUUCAAGGUGUCCAACGGCUACGGCGCGUCGACGGGCUACCUCCUGGGCAUGGCGCUGCGUCUGAUGAGCGGCGAGCCCCUCAUCGGCCUGCCGCCCCUCAUCCGCUUCCCCGGCUGCCGGCUCGACGCCGAGGGCACGAUGACGCAGUACUUCCCCUUCCGCACCACCAUCAUGCUGACGUCGCUGGUCUCCAUCGUGCUGGUGUCGUGGCUGGCCUCCAUCAUCUUCAACAAGGGGCUGCUGGCCGAGCGGUGGGACGUCUUCAAGAUCAACCGCCGGCUGGCCAAGUCGGCGGGCGGCCGGGUGCCCCCCCAGGACCAGAAGGACCCAUCGGUGGUCAAGCAGCUGCUGGACAACUCCACCACCACCAGCUGCUAAGGAGGGAGAGUUAGCGAGAGGGGGGGGGGUGGCGAGGCAGAGACAGGGGCAACACGGGGCCGCGGGAGCCCCCCCCCUACCCCUAAGACGAGGCCCGGUCCGCCUGGCCUGGCUGGGGAAGAUGAUCCAGCGCGUUGCAAAUAAAGAGCGGUUGCAGUUUAAAGAGAUGAAAGCGCGCUUCACCACCCCCUCACCACCACCACCAUACACGCAUCCAUACGCAGCACACCACGCCAUUCACCCCAUCAUGUAUAAACCGUUGUCUCCGACUGGAACGGCUGUAAAGGCUAACUUUACGGCGCACAGUAGAACACAACCGUUUCUGUGUUUUUAUUACCAUUUUGCGGGGGUUCAAGCAAUAGGGUUUGCUAAGACGUAGCGUCUCAAAAGUACGGCUAGCUAGCCUCCUCAUAUUGUACAUAGAAAGCAAUCCUGGAUCUUGUGUAUAGCUCAGGAGGACAGUGGCUUGGUAAUAUUGAUUUUACUGUGAGUACAAAACAGCUACUAUUCUUUUAAAGGUGAAUCCACCUUAAUGUGAAUCUGUAAAUGAUUAGAGAGAGUCAGUGUGCACAAGCGGCGUCGACUGCAUCUGUAUUUUUCUUUCAACUGCUUUUUUAAAAUAUUUUUUCACAAAACGCCCUGAAUAAAACGCCAGAGCCACCAAAAAAAAGAUUUUAAGCAAAAAACCGAGCCUGAAUAUCACAACGAAGACCCACUACCCACUGAACGAAUGCAGACACCGUUUAGGCUGUCAGGAGAAUUUUUGUAAGGUUUAAACGCUGCCCCGUUUUAUUGCCAACCGCAUCGGUAGCCAAAAGCUGUCAGGACUCCAGGCCCCUCGGCUUACCACAGACGAUCCCAGGGGCCGGUUUCAGCCCGUUCCUCACAGCUGGACGGGUUCCAGCGCUGAAGGCUCCCAUGUGAUUUAUUGAUAAAUGCGUCCACCAAUUAGUGAGCGGUGUGCAGCAGAGAAAGAAGGGCCAGAUAUACCCCCGCCCCCUGUCCUACUCCCUCACCACUCCAAAGAGGCCUUAUGGAGACCCACAACGCCUCCUUCAAUUUGUAUAUGACUUUGUACAGUAAGGAUAUUUUCUAUGGUUGAUGAUAUAUAUAUAUAUAUAUAUAUAUGCAAAACUUUAGUUUACACAGGGCUUGAUCGAACCUUGCGGUCAGAGGUUAUUUAAGUUUUUCCUGAGCCUAUAGUAGUUAUAUGUACAUAAAAGACUUCUCACUAUGAAUGUUUGAGAGGCUAUCUUUUCAACUUUGCCGGGACUGACGUCCGACAGCGGGCGUUAGACCUUGGCAGCACGAGUCGAGUGAUGCAAAAGCUAGUUUAAUACCUCAGCGUGUCAGAGUGUCUCUUCCCCGGUGGUAUAGUGUGGUAAUUUGUUUCAGUCAGUUUGUAUGAUUUUGUCUGUUCUUUCCGAAGACUACAGAGAACAAAAGGCUGCUGAGCUGAAUGACCCCUGCAGAACUCAGUUUGUGUAUCUUUUCAUAAUGUGACCUAUUUGUUUCUCUAUUUAUACGAUGUACUGUAUGUCCUGUAAAAGCUCAAACAAUUAUCUAACAUUUUUGCCAAAUAAUUUUAAGUUGAAUCAUUAACGUUAUUAAACAUUGUCAUUAUCUAAAUGGUCGAUUUUUAAAACGUGUUGAAUGUAUAUUGUGGUCAAAAGCCUGGCUUGUCAAAGGCUGGCACCAACACGCAUAGUUCAAUGUCGAAAAAUCUCAAAUGUAGGCCUUCUACUGUUUUCAAGUUUGCCAUCUUGGUGAAUCGAGGCUAAGUUAGAAUGACUUAGACUUAUUACAUGUUAAGAAUACAUACUCAUUUCUCCAACAGAAAUAUAAGUUGUUACUUGUAGCAGCAAUAUUAUAGAAGAUCUACUGUGACCGUAGUAUUAGAAACAGAUCAAGUUUAUCAGGGUGAAGUUGAAAAGAUAGGUCAGCCCAAUGUUUGCUAUAGCCACAAAACAUUCAAUACUAGGUGUGGAAGUGUAUUUGGUUUUUGUACUAUUAUGCAUGUUGAAUUUAAUUUGUGUUUAUAUACGGAGCUUUAAAAGAGGCUGUUUCUCUUGCCACACGGCGAGGUCCUACUUUGUAAUCUUUAAUGUAAGUCCCAAUGGGGUGAUGUUCUCUCAGAAUAAAGGUUGAAACAAA